UGGACAUUGGAUGUUUUUGGCGGAAAAGUCUACUGCAUUGUUACAUUCUCACGUUUUUCUGUACAACCGAGGAUUUACGAUUUAUGAGCUAUACCGCCCUACACUUACCGUCGGCCGGAGUCGAGGAUGCACUUAAUCAUCUAAUGCCCAGUGAUCCUACGCAUGAAACACCGAACGUGAAUGAGAGUUCAAAUGAAUCUGUUUUCAUACAGCUAACGGAUAGCGAUGGGAACGAAGCUGGCACUCCUAUAUGGAUUCCCUUGGAUAUCGACACUGCUAAACUAUCUGAUUUGUUGAGUAAUCUUCUCCAAAGAACAGAUGUAAAUCCUCUGACGUACGACUUUUUUGUGGGUGAUGUACAAAUUUUGGAUGACUUGAAAGCAGCCUUAAUUCAAGCACGAGCCAAAGGUACUGACCCUUCUUUACCAAAGUUCGGAUCAACUGGUCUUGAGGCUGUGGUGAAAGUUACCUAUCAGGCACAGGCUGUUUUCCGAGUUCGUCCUGUCACACGUUGUUCAAGUAGUUUACCUGGACAUAAAGGCGCUGUUCUAGUUGUACAAUUUUCACCAGAUGGAAGAAGUUUAGCUAGUGGUUCUGGUGAUCAAACAGUACGUUUCUGGGAUCUCAAUACUGAACUACCUCUGACUACGGGGUCUGAAGUUCAUAAAGCUCCAGUUUUGUGUUUGGCUUGGUCACCAGAUGGUGUUCGUUUAGCAUCUGGCUGUCAAGGUGGUUUGGUUUGUCUAUGGCGUCAAUCAGAAACCAGUAAUGAUUGGUCCUUAUGUACCAGUCGUCCUUUAAUUAGACCACAGUUAGCAGCUGCUCCAGCUUCUUCUAAAGGACGUUGGAUACGAUCUGUUGUAUGGAGACCAUUGCAUUUGGAUGCAGAAUGCAGACAACUUGCAGUUGCCUAUCAAGAUUGUUCAAUUGUUAUUUGGGAUACAUUUGCAGGUCAACCAGUACGUACAAUUACAGGUCAUGAUAAGCCAGUUGUAUGCCUACGUUGGGGUGGAACAGAUUUAAUUUAUUCCGCUAGUCAAGAUCGUACAAUUCGAGUUUGGCGUUCAAAAGAUGGUGUACUGUGUCGUACAUUGAAUUUGCAUGGACACUGGGUCAACUGUUUAGCCUUGAGUACUGAUUAUGUAUUGCGUACUGGUGCCUUUGAUCCUGCUUGUGCUCAGUUAGUAAAGACAGUACCUGUAUUUCCGAAAGAUUCAGAAACUGCAUUAAAGACAUCCGAAUUAGCGAAAUCACUCUACGACAAAAUGAAGGGUUCUCAUCCUGAAAGGUUGGUUUCAGGAUCUGAUGAUAAUACAUUAUCCUUAUGGCAACCAGAAGUUGAUAAAAAACCUCUUGCUCCUCGUAUGGUUGGUCAUAAAGGUGUAGUAAAUGACGUAAAAUUUUCACCAGAUGGUCGUCUACUUGCCAGUGCUAGCUUUGAUCAUUCUGUCAAAAUUUGGGAUGGUUUUACAGGACAAUUCUUGGCUACUAUGUUCGGUCAUGUACAAGAUGUUUACUUAGUCUCCUGGUCAAGUGAUAGUCGUUUAGUUGUAUCAUGCUCGAAAGAUUCUACUGUGAAAGUAUGGUCUAUUGCUGAAGUACGUCGUUGGAAUCAAGAAGAUGUUACUGUAUCAAAACAAGAGAAGAAAAAACAAGUAUUUGCCAGUGAUGUGGCUGGGAUAAAGCGAUCUACAUCAUCAAUUCAUCAACGAAAACGUCAUUUAAUUCAUGAUUUACCUGGACAUUCAGAUGCGGUGUAUGCAUUGGAUUGGAGUCCUGAUGGACAGUAUGUUGUAUCAGGUGGCAAAGAUCGAAUAUUGAAAAUUUGGCGCGCUUGAAGGUCAUAUGUUAUAAUUUUCGUACAGAAAUUACAAUUUCUUUCACUUUGAAACAUAACUUUGUCACCAGUAUCAAUCUCUUCAAAUAUUUUAUGUCUGUAGAUAUGUAUAAAUACACCAAUUGUGAAUAAAAGUUUUGGAUUCAUGGAGAAUUUGAUAUCUUUUCUUCCAUUUUGCA